AUGAAAUAUACUACUAGUUCUAAUGGUUUAAAUCCAAAUUUUGUAACUGGUUUUUGUGACGGAGAGUCUUGCUUUUCUCUGACCAUUAGUAAAAAUCCUAAGCAUACUUUAGGUAAUGUAACGCUAAAUAAAGAUUCAGCUACAUACCAAGUUAUAAAACUAAGUGACUUAGCUUGUGUAAUAGAACAUUUUAACAACUAUCCGCUAAAGACUCAAAAGUAUGCGGAUUUUUUAUUAUUUAAACAAGCAUUUGAGAUUGUAAAGAGUAAAGAGCAUCUUACUGAGGAUGGUCUCAAAAAGCUUAUUAGUGUUAGAGCUUCCCUUAAUAAAGGUCUACCUGAAAGAUUAAAGGUAGCUUUCCCUUAUAUUACUCCUGUGCCCAGACCUACUACACCCAAAACUACUUUGGACAAGUCUAAGACACAUAAAUUAGGUAUAAACGUUGGUUUACAAUUCAUUAUAGUUCAAAAUAUACGUGAUGCCUAUUUAAUUGAAAGCUUUGUACAAUUUUUUGGUGGUGGUUCUUUCUCUGUUGCAGAAAAGUCUAGCAUGGCUAGAUUUACUGUGUCAAACUUUUCUGAGAUUGUAGAUAAUAUUAUACCUCUAUUUGAGGAAUACCCCAUACAAGGUGCAAAAGCUAAAGAUUUUGAGGACUUUAAACAAGCAUCUGCCCUUAUUAAAUCUAAAGCUCAUCUAAAUAAAGAGGGUUUAGAUAAAAUUCAGUUAAUUAGAUCAAGAAUGAAUUUUAAAAGGGAAUUGCAGUAA